GAAAAACACUCAGCCCCAACAAGCUGCCAAGCACUUCAAGCAGAUGUGACACAAAGACGGAACUCCCUGACGACCAGCUUUAUCCCCAUUUGAUCUGUUGCAACUACGUUAAGUCAGACUCUGCUGCAGGAUGGAAACCCCCUUUGAUUAUAAUUACUUCAAUUCCGUCUACUUUUCCAACACCACAUUUCCAUCGUAUGGUUUCCAGUCAGUUCCCUGUGAUGUGAAAGUGCCUGGGUUCAACUCCAUCGGCCUCAUGAUCAUCUAUAUCAUCGUGUUUGUGUUCAGCAUCAUUGGCAACAGUGUGGUUGUCUUCGUCGUCUUCUCUAUGAAGAAAGGCAAAGCCAGCACGGAUGUCUACUUGAUGCACCUGGCGAUGGCUGACCUACUCUUCUGUCUCACCCUUCCCUUCUGGGCUGCCUACACUCAUUAUGGUUGGCUCUUUGGCGACUUCCUGUGCAAACUCCUUUCAGGCUUUCAGGAGGCAUCUAUUUACAGUGGCGUCUUCCUGCUGGUGUGCAUUAGUGUGGAUCGUUAUUUCGCCAUCGUGAGAGCCACGCGAGUGCUGUCCUCGCAUCACCUGCUGGUAAACGUGGUAUGCAGUCUUGUGUGGGUGGUGGCUGCAGUGCUGUCUCUACCUGUGGCAAUUAAGAGGGAACAGAUAAAGGCUGCUGACCUGGGCCAGACCAUCUGCUACGAAAACCUGACCGGUGAAAGCAGCGACCAGUGGCGAGUCAGCAUGCGAGUUCUGCGCCACACAGUGGGCUUUUUCCUCCCUCUGGCGGUGAUGGUCGUCUGCUACGGCUGGACCGUGGUGAGGCUGAUUCACACCCGCAGUCAACAAAAGCACAAAGCCAUGCGGGUGAUCCUGGCAGUGGUGUUAGCAUUCGUUCUCUGCUGGCUGCCUCAUAACCUCAGCGUUCUGAUCGAUACGCUCGUGCGAGGGGGAUCCCUGAGAGUGGAGACUUGUGAAGGUCUCUACAAAGUGGAGGUGAUGCUAAAUGUGACCCAGGUCAUUGCCUUCAUGCACUGUGCCGUGAACCCAAUACUGUACGCCUUCAUCGGGCAGAAGUUCAGGAACCAGAUGCUCUUGGCGCUUUACAAACAAGGCCUGAUCAGCAAGAGGAUACGCAUGGCUUACAGGAAGGGCUCAGCCAACAGCAUGGGGAGCAACAGGUCUCGAAACACCUCUGUCACCAUGUAAAUAACCUCUGACGGCUGACCAUUCUCAUCGUCAGAAUGUGCCCCUAAAAAUGGCCAAAAUUCCUAAUCAUCAAAGCCCAGAGAGAGAGCGAGAGAGAGAGAGAGAGAUCACAGCAGAUUUGAUAUUGUUGUAGAUGUUAAAUAAAGUCUUGCAAGAUAGCAAAAAAAACUGGCAAUUUAAAUAUUGCCUGACUAUUCACAAUCUGAAGCAAGUUUAGUGUUCAUUACUCCAUCCAUGGUUUUGUCUGAACCAGAGAGCUUUGUGACACAGCAUCACAGAAAAGAGGUCACAGAUAACAUCACACUCACAUUGAAUAAUGUUGCUUUAUGCAAAAAAUGAUUUAGAAAGGAUUUAGGCUCCACAAUAACCUGCAAACCAAAGAUCACUUUUUGAAGCCCCCCAAAUUUUAGUCCUGAACAACGCAUAUAUCAAGUUUACAGUAGAAGAGUGGAGAAAGAGAUUCCUUAAUUUAUAAAUGAAAAUUUUAAGAUUUGAAGAGCGCCGAUUACCUUUUUUUUCAUCUUUUUGACUUUUCUAUUGAGAACUGAGAUGUUGUCAUUGUUUCCAUUUGAAUUAUGAAACCUUCUUUCUUUCACUGUUUCUCAAAACAAGAGAAAAAAAUGUUUUUUUCACUAUCAGAUACAGUAUCUUUUAAACAGGAAGAGAUGGUGAAAUCUUGUUUCUGUUUUUAUGUGUUCCGUGCACUGAUAAAUUACUUUCAUCAAGGGAACCUGUCUGUAGAAACAACUGAAAUGUUGUAAGUUCUGCUUUUUACUCUUUUAGCAACUUU